AAUGUUACUAUUAUUGUCUCCUCACUCUCUCUCCAUUUAUGUUUCCUUGUCCACUUGCUACUUACUAGUAUAGACUGGUCGUAAUUCAAAUUCCUGGAUAGUACUAUACUACUAUACUCACUCUCCCUAUUUUCUUCAGCUACUAGAACAUAUUCUUCUCUUUUCUUCCAUUUCAAAUACUGCUGACCGUUUUAUGUCAUCAUCAUCUUCUUCUUCAAUCACAAAAUUCAAUUUCUGGGUUUAUCUAAUUCUCAAAGAUUGAUUCUGGGAUUUUCUCAAAAAGUCAAAAUUCAAGCUCAAUUGCUUAUUUUAGAGAGAGAAAGUGAAGUUUGAAGAUCAAGCUAUUGUGGGUUACUUUUGAAUUGAGAAAAAGUUACAAGCUUCUGUUUUUUUUGUAUUUUUGAGCCUUAAAGUUUGUGCUGCUGAUCAAGUGAUUUAAGUAAAAAUUUGGGAAUCCAUAGAAGAAGCUAUGGUGGAAGAUAAAGAACAUGAGAGUUUGUUGGGUGAUCAGACAGCUGAAGAGUGGUUAUUACAUGCACAGGAGCUGGUUCCUGUGGCACUUAAUAAAGCAAAACAAGUGAAGGGAUUUCCGGGGAGAUGGAAGAUGAUCAUAUCGAAAUUGGAGCAAAUCCCCUCGCGUUUAUCGGAUUUGUCUAGUCACCCGUGUUUCUCGAAGAACAUGCUUUGUAAGGAGCAAUUGCAGGCUGUUGUAAAGACUUUGAACGAGGCAAAUGAAUUAGCGGAUAUGUGUGUUCAAGAGAAGUUUGAAGGGAAGCUUCGUAUGCAGAGUGAUCUUGAUUCGUUGUCUGGGAAAUUAGACUUGAAUCUCCGGGAUUGUGGUCUGUUGAUCAAAACUGGGGUUCUUGGUGAAGUUACGAUGCCUUCAGCUUCAACGAGUUCUUCGUCAUCAUCUGAAUCAGAUCAGACAGCUCACAGUAACAUAAGGGAGUUGCUAGCUCGGCUUCAAAUUGGGCAUUUGGAGGCAAAACACAAGGCUCUUGAUACUCUUGUUGAGAUCAUGAAAGAGGAUGAAAAGAAUGUUUUAUCUGUUUUAGGAAGAAGCAAUAUUGCUGCUUUAGUGCAGCUUCUAACGGCCACCUCUCCUAGAAUUCGUGAGAAAACUGUUACUGUUAUAUGCUGUUUAGCAGAGUCAGGGUCCUGUGAGAAUUGGUUGGUUUCAGAAGGAGUUCUUCCACCGCUUAUAAGGCUAGUAGAAUCAGGUAGCUUAGUGGCGAAAGAAAAGGCCACAAUCUCUCUCCAAAGGCUAUCGAUGUCACCAGAAACAGCUCGAGCAAUUGUUGGACAUGGCGGGGUUAGACCCUUGAUUGAAAUGUGUAAAAUAGGUGAUUCUGUUUCACAAGCUGCAGCUGCUUGCACUUUGAAAAACAUAUCAGCUGUUCCUGAAGUUAGGCAAACCCUUUCAGAAGAAGGGAUUGUCAAAGUGAUGAUCAAUCUUCUUGAUUGCGGGCUUUUGUUAGGAUCCAAAGAAUAUGCAGCCGAAUGCUUGCAGAAUCUCACUGCAAGCAAUGAAGCCCUCCGAAGGUCAGUUGUUUCAGAGGGAGGGAUCAGGAGUCUAUUGACUUACCUAGAUGGGCCUUUACCUCAGGAGUCUGCAAUGGGCGCAUUGAGAAAUUUGGUAGGAUCCGUCUCAAUUGUGUUGCUGGAAUCGCUCGGAUUUCUCCCGAGAUUAGUCCACGUUUUGAAAUCAGGGUCAGUGGGUGCCCAGCAAGCCGCUGCAUCAGCCAUUUGUAAGGUUUGCAACUCAACUGAGGUGAAAAAGAUGGUGGCAGAAGUUGGGUGUAUCCCGUUGCUUGUUAAGAUGCUCGAGGCCAAGACAAACGGGGCUAGAGAAGUUGCAGCACAGGCACUUUCUAGUUUGAUGACACUUCCCCAUAAUUGUAGGGAAGUGAAGAAGGAUGACAAGAGUGUGCCGAAUUUGGUUCAAUUACUCGACUCGAACCCACAAAAUACCGCCAAGAAAUACGCAGUGUCAUGUCUGCUUUCUCUGUCGUCAAGCAAAAAAUGCAAGAAGCUCAUGGUGUCAUAUGGCGCGAUUGGGUAUUUAAAGAAGCUGACCGAGAUGGAUAUUCCCGGUGCCAAGAAAUUGCUCGAGCGUUUGGAAAGAGGGCCACUGAGGAGCUUGUUCAGCAAAAAAUGAGUCUAGUGGUGUAAGUUCACGCCUAUUGUCCUUCGUUUCCUAGCAUAUAAUGCAAUGUCCAUGUUUCAUAGCCUAUAUGAAAUAGCAAGCUUUAAAUUGUAAACUAGCUAAUUAAGCAAGUGUUAUAUGUGCUGAUGAUGUGUAACCAUGUACUAUAAAUGCAUCCUUAGAUUUUGUGUUAUCUUAGAAAUAAUUUAUGGUACGGUGGUUCAUCCUGGAAGAAAGUUUUCCAGUGAAUGCAUCUUAUGUUGAGCUAAUGCUAAUCACUCUCAUAGUAAUUUUGUGCAA